UCGAUCCGGUGUGUUGCCUUCCUGCAAGCAUCCUGCGAGAAAACCCACAGCGAACCCAGCUGAGGUGCCCUAGUAUCCGUGCAGAGAAAUCCAUGAAUGCCACGCACAGAAAGACAUGCGAGGACGAAACAUGUUGACUUACAAAUAGAAAAAUCAUCGAAGGAUUUUAUACAGUUCAUCCAAGAUCUUCAAUGGCGAGAGGUAUUUGAGAGGACAGAAGCUACUCGGCAGCUGGUUUUCCAAAAUGGACGAGCCACCGACAAAGCAUUUGCUUGGCUCCAAGAAGAGAGUCAAAAUCCACCCCAACACAGUCACGGUCAAAUACGCCACUCACUUUCCCCAACCUGGAGAUGAGGGCUACGACGAUGCUCCAUCUUUCGAAGAAUUUGGCUCAUUUGUUGAAGAGACCUCAGACAGAAAGCGACUGACGUCCAGCAGGUCUGGCAGAACGUUUUCAAAACCGCAUGGGGAUCAGAAAGAAAAAGGGGUGGGAGGUCAGUUGCAGAGCUUUGGGGAGGCCUCUGUGUUCUCCUCACGCAUGACAUGGGUCGCUCUGUUUGGGGCGGCUCUGGCUCACGGCUGCGUGGCUCUCAUCACACGUCUGGCUGCAGACCGCUCGAAGGUCCCAUCGCUGGAACUUCUCUUCAUCCGCUCUGACAUCCAGAUCCUGUCCAUUUGUGUUGUGUCUUACUACAAGGAGCCCGCCUUUGGACCCAAGGGCUACAGACUGCGGCUUUUCCUUUAUGGCGUGUGCAACGUCAUCUCCAUCUCGUGUGCUUAUACCUCCUUUGCUAUCGUGCCGCCCAGCAACGGCACUAUUAUGUGGAGGGCCACCACGACAGCCUUUAGCGCUGUGCUGGCGUUUUUACUCAUUGAUGAGCGAUUGGGAAUGACAGACGUGGUGACGGUCAUCAGUAGCGUCUUUGGUCUUUGCUUGGUCAUGAUUCCUAACAUUGUAGGCGAGCAUAAAUCUCUGGGUUUCUGGAAAGAGGCAUUUGGAUACACCAUGACAGUCAUGGCAGGUCUGAUGGCCGCCCUUUCAAUGAUCAUAUAUCGGGCGAUCAAAGAAAAGGUGAGUAUGUGGGUAGCACUUUUCACCUUCGGCUGGACCGGAAUGAUAUGGGGGCUGUCCACUAUGUUCAUCCUACAGGAGCCCAUCAUUCCGCUGGACGCAGAGACGUGGGGGUAUCUCAUCAGUAUUUGCAUCUGCUCCACCGUGGCAUUCCUGGGGGUUUACUACGCCCUCAACAAAUUCCACCCUGCACUUGUCAGCACCGUGCAGCACAUGGAGAUAGUUGUUGCUAUGAUUCUGCAGCUUGUCGUUCUCCGUAUGGUUCCCUCAGUCUAUGACAUCAUCGGGGGUCUCAUCAUCAUCAUCAGUGUUGUUUUGCUGGCCGCCGUAAAGCUUUACUGGGUGGGAAAGAGCAAAAGAGAGGAGUACGAAGAAAUCCUUGAAUCACCAAUCAAAUGAUUCUUUAUUGAUAGAUUGUUUUGAAGUAUAUUGUUUUUCAAGCCUUAAAUUGAUGAUGUCCAUCUGUGAUUGAGAUUCUUGUGAAUGUUUAAGAAAAAUAUCUUAAUGUCAUUGAUAAAGUGCCAUUUGUGGAGUUGUCUUGACUGCUGUAUUAUGUGAACUUAAAGUGGAUAGUGAUCAUCUACCAUGUCAAACGUGCUUUAUGUGUCAUUUUUUUGUAGGCAGUUUAGCACUGUGCUUUUAUUUAAACAUGAUUACAAUUCAGUAUAAGAAUAAAAAGCAGUCUGCUGCACAAGUUGGUCUAUACAAUGGAAAAUGCCUGCAAUAUACCUGCACCCUUUGUAUGAUACUCUAAAUGUGUGUGGUCAAGAGUGCCCCCUGUUGGUACUAAGCAGAUGUAAUUCUGAGACGAGGAGCUUUUGACAAAAUAUGCCUUGGUCAAAACAUAUUUUCCUAUAUAUGUUCUGUCAGUGUAUACAUUUAAGAUAAAUUUGAAAAUAUAUAGAAAAUGUUGUAUAAUAUACAUAAUAUAAUUCAAUAUAUUGGAUAAUACAUAAGGAAUUGCUGCUUUUCUUUUAUUAGAAAAAUAUAGGAAAUGUAUUAUUUUAUAUAUUAUACAUUAUUAUAUCUCCAGUAUAUUCCCAUAUAUUUCGAAGAAUUAUUGAAUUUCAGUCUGUUGUGAUCUGACAGAAGUGAUGGAUCUCUGCUGCCAUAAGAUAGACAGUUUAUAAGGAAUUCUGAAAUUAAUAGCAUUAGCAGUAAUAUAGAACAUUUUAACCUAUGUAAUAUUUGACAUUAUGGCAAGAAAAAAGCAUUUCCUGAGUGUAGCAGGCAAGGUCCCUCUAAAAACAGUUAAAACUUUUUUCAUUUUCUGGGGACAAAAAAGCCAAAGAAUAUUCAUUUAAUGAAAACAUUUGUUAAUUAAGGCGUUUGCAUAUAAUGUUUCUCUAAAAAGAGAAUGUGCAAAUUUGUCUAUUAUGUGUCUGUUGUUUGUUUUAAAUAUAAUCAAAUAGUAAUGCAUUUUGAUUUUCAAAGACCUGUAUUCUUAUGAAUAAAAACAUUCAUCAGUUUUAGAGUGCA